AUGGAAGAAGAAUUGGGCAGUGUUGUUGCAUACAGUAUCGCAAUCAGCGCAUGUAGCAAGUCAGCUGAAUGGGAAAGGGGCAUUGCCUUGCUUUGUGGCCUGGAAAUGGCGCUUUUGCAAGCUGAUGUUGUUGCUUACAGUGCAGCGAUCAAUGUGUGCGAAAAGGCCCGCAAGUGGCAACAGGCGUUGCAAGUGCUACGUGUUUCUUUGCAGAAAUCAGUGCGACCGAAUAUUGUAGCCUGUGGCGCUGCAAUUAGUGCAUGUGCAUGCACAGGAAAGUGGAUCGAAGCAUUGAUGUUGCUGCAUGACAUGCCUGGAUGGCGGGUGCAACCCAACAUCAUUGCCUUCAACUCUGCAAUCAACGCAUGUGACAAGGCAAUGGAGUGGCGGCAUGCGCUUCUGUUGCUAGAUGAAGCUCAUACACAGACCAUCCAGCUGGACAUGAUAUCCUUCAACGCUACUACCAGUGCAUGUGGCAGAGCAAGCGCGUGGCAGCAGGCAAUUUGUGUUCUUGAUGCUGUUGAAAGUCACGAGCUGCAGCCAAGCCUGAUUACAUUCAAUGCAAGCAUCAGUGCAUUUGAGAAAGCUGCUCAGUGGCAGCGUUCACUGAUGCUGUUGUCUGAAGUUGAAGCGCGAAAGCUGCAGCUUAACAUUAUCACGUACACAUCGGCACUGAGUUCGUGUGAAAAGGCUAGUGAAUGGGAGCAAGCAAUGCAGCUCUUUUGCGCAAUGUGUUCGAAGUCCUUGGAACCUAACGUUAUUACUUAUGGUGCAGCUAUCAGUGCCUGUGAAAAGUCAGGGCAGAGCUUCAAAGCAGUGCAUUUGUUGGAGCAAGCGCAAGACACAUUUAUUCGGCCUGACGUAGUCAUGUAUAAUGCUGCCAUCAGUGCAUGCGAGAAAUCUGCGGAUUGGCAAGCAGCAUUAGCUCUUCUGUGCCGGACAGAAUCCGCCAGAGUUCAGACCAACGUCAUCACAUUCAAUGCAAGCAUCAGUGCCUGUGAAAAGGCUUCCCAAUGGCAACUUGCACUUUCGCUCAUGAGCGUCCUUGUGAUCAGACGAAUGCAGGCAGAUGUGGUUUCAUACAGCUCCAGCAUCAGUGCCUGUCAGAAGGGUAGCGAAUGGCAGUUAGCUUGUGUUUUGUUGGCUGCAGCUGGUACUGCGCAUGUUCCAAGGCAGGAAAUGACCCACAACGCCGCCGUCAGCGCCUGUGAUCGCUCGUGGACGCGUGCCCUGAUGCUCGUGUCCUUUUUUCCAGUGUGUCGCUUGCGUCCAAACGUCAUCACGGUGACCGCGACAAUUGCGACCCUGGAGACCUCAAACUGGUCAGAUGCAUUGUAUCUAAACAGGCACUGUUGGACCUUGCAGAUGUCGCCAAAUUCCUUCACCUACACUUCUUCAAGCAGCAUUUGUGAGAAGGCUGGACGUUGGCAAGAAGCUUUGGAGCUUUUGCAUUGUGGCGAGCAACUUCAACAUGUCAUUGCUUUCAACUCCGUCAUCGGAGCGUGCCAAAAAGCACCUUGA